CUCCGGGGACCGUCAGCGUUCCCACCGUUCCCAGAGCCUUGGGCCGGAAGCGAACACUUGCGAUGGAGCGGUGAUGGGAGCCGCCUGCAGCAACUCAGGGGCCUCUCAGGACCAAGAGUCCACGAGCAGAGCCACGAGCCGAGACUCCGUGCAGGUCACGCCUUGCGGCAGCCUCGCCUGGGUCGGGUCCGCGCGGAGCGCCACGGAGUUCAAGACCUUGCGCUUUUCGGAGGUCGAGGAGUCGUAUCCCCGGACCCGGGCGUUCGAGUUGGCUCCGGCAGAGUGGAGCAAAUACGCCAUGCCCAGCGGCACGCCGAUGGACCUGGGGUGCCUGCAAGCCAAGUGCCGCGAGGAGGACACGGCCCGCCACGCGAUGCUGCCGGUGCCCCGCUGGGCUGUGCGCGGCCAGGUUGCGUCGUGGCUGGCGAAGACUGCGCCGGUGCCGGGGCUGUGCCAGGUGGCGAACUUCGACGAGUUCGAGGAUCUCCUGCUGUUCGACUUCCGGCUGCCAGGCGAAAGCUUGGAGAACCUGGUGAGGUCUGGCGGACCCUUGGCCGCCGGCAGCUGUCAGCAGCUCGCCGCACAGCUGCUCCGCGGGCUUUGGGCCACCCGCGACACCCCGCUUCGUCUUCGGGGUCUGCUGGCGCCCUGCCACGUCUUUCACGGACCUCAAGGCUUUGGCAUGCUGCCGCUGGGCGCGAUGCUGCAGUGGCGGGGCCUGCAGGCCGCCUUCGAGAAGAUGUCUGGAGGGCCUCCGGAGAUCGUGACGGCGAUGUCUGAUGGAGAUGAGGGGAAAGCCCUGGUCUUUGACCAGUCCCUGGCCUCCAGCGCAGAUGUGUAUUCCGUGGCCGCGGUGGUGUGGUUCGCCUUCUUCGGGCAAAUGAUGGAUGGCGCCACCCAGGAUGAGCUCCUGUCUCUCCCGCCACUGGCAGCCGACUUCCUGCAGAAGGCGCUUUACCGAGAUCCGAUGUGGCGGUUGAGCCUCGCGCAGGCGAUUUGCCAUGCGUGGAUAGCCGACACCUGAGAUUUCGAGCACGCAGCUGUGGGACCUAAGCUGUGGAAAGUGGUUGGGCACAUCGACGAACUGGUUGCU